ACUCGAAAAUAAACUACGAAAAGAUUAURAAAAUAUGGUGGUUUCCAGACUAGAACCAACAUUAACAAAUAAAGUAAUAAAUCAUUCUAUAAAUUCUAAAAAAAAUAAACAUGAAGAAAAGGAACAUGAAGAAAAUAUUGAGGAAAAAGAAAAUGGGAAGAAUGGAAAACAUUGGAUCCGAAGGUUUGGUUGUGAAUUCUGUUUACCAGAAGACCACAAUAUUGAUGAAUAUAAAGUGUUUUAUAUUGGACAACAAUCACUGAAUCUAACUAAUCUAAUGAUGUCCUAUAACAAAUGUCAGUUUUAUUCCUAUGACCCAGUCAUGGACACAGCCAGACAAGAGAAUAUUAAUGUCAACAAAGCCCUUAUGAAAAGAUAUUAUAUGAUACAGAAGGCCAAGGAUGCUCAAGUAGUAGGGAUCGUGGUUGGCACUCUUGGUGUGGCUGAUUACCUAGAAAUCAUUGAAAGACUAAAGAAAGUGCUAAGCAUUGCAGGGAAAAAGUAUUAUACUUUUGUGAUGGGGAAACUCAAUGUUCCAAAGAUGGCUAACUUUAUGGAGAUAGAUAUCUUUGUGCUUGUUGCCUGCCCAGAAAACACCUUGAUAGAUUCACAGGAGUUUUUUAAGCCUAUUGUCACACCCUAUGAAAUGGAAAUUGCUUGUUUAAGAACACAGCAAUGGACAGGAGAUUAUGUAACAGACUUCAGACAACUUCUACCAGGUGCUUCUUAUUCUGUUGACCUCAAUGAUAAGGAUAACAUAGUUGAUGAAGAUGAUUGCCCUGACAUGUCCCUUAUCUCUGGUCAAAUGAGGCCAAACUACAAAGCCAAUGCUGAAUCCUCACAGAGUAGUGAUACUUCUGUUGUUGAGAGAAAUCAAAAUACAACUAUAUCCACCCAGAGACACACAUCUGGAGCCGAGUUUCUUGCCUCAAGAUCAUGGAAGGGCCUGGAACAAAACCUUGGGGAAACACCUGUUAGACAAGCAAAGGAAGGAAGGAUUGGCAUAGCUUCAAAAUAUACACAUGAAACAGACCAAUAAAUGGUUUGCACCACCACGUGACGGCAGCCAUAUCCCUUUUCUGAGUUCAAUAAACAGGAUGCAUUGUAAUCUACCUUCUGUACAAACAACACCAUAUGAGGGAAUGAUAAACAAAAGAUGUGUGUACCCAAGCUAGGCCACAAUGCACCGUAUUUACCAUCUCAGAAAAGGUCUAUGUUAGAUGGCAGGAACAAUAUAGUCAUUUUACAUGAGAAAGAAUUCAAUUCCCGAGAGCAAAGGGAUGUUAUUGUUCAGCCACCUAACCACAGGAAGCUCAAGCAGUAUUAUUGGUGUGGGCACGUGAUGGUGCAAAGCCUCCAUAGUGUAAUAUAGCCCCCCCCCAGUCAACCUUCGCUUUCUCCUAAAGUACAAAUGAGUAACGUUUGCUGUGAUAAAAAGCCUUUAUUUUACAACCAUAUUACUCCCUCUUCCGUAAGGUAGUCUUUGAGUCCUUAUUGAGUGCCUUAUUGCUAGGGAAGCGUGAAUAAAUGUAAAAGCUUUACUUACUUCACGACAACAAAUUUUUCUCAACAUUUUUCAUGUACAAAAUUUUCAUUUCAUUUGAAAUUCAUAAUGGCACCCCGAAAGACUUUUUAAAUUAACAAGGCUAUAUUGCUCUUAGAGCAAUGAUGUUUCGGCCCGCUAAGCCUAGUUUCAGGGGUGUGCGGUAUUCUUUUUUUGUGUCAAGUGGCUUUGUUUUACUUUUAGCGCAAUCUAAUCACGACAGCCAGACAGUGAGUAAUGUUUAGGAGUUCUGUUUUCAGCUUCCUUCAUGGGAAAAAAUGAACUCAUAAAUGGUUGGCACCUAAAAAUAUGAUAUAGAUUGCUUAUUGUAUAAAUAUAAAAAAUCUCCAUAAAAAAGAACCUCGAAGUAAAAAUAGAGUGAUUAUUAGUGAAUUGUUGACGAAGUUUUUUGUCAUUCAAGCAUUCGAACUAUACGUGAUCGAGUUCCUGAGUUUUACUAGUUAUUUACUAGUAGAAGUUUCAAGGACCUCUCGUUCGUGAAACCACAAGUUUUAUCUGCAUCUGUAUUUUUUUCUUUAUUCACUUGAAGAAAUAGCAGGUACUUGAGUAAGACAAUGUCCAAAUCCUUUACUCUACAUUGUUGGUCGCAAAUGAAAUAUAUAUCUCGCAUUGUUCGUUGGAGUGCAAACACGCACACACACGAGUCUAUUUAAAUACAUAAGCUUCGACAAGAAUGUCAAACAAUAAAUUGUUAUUUAAAUAAAACAAUAAUUGAGAUAUCGA